AUGUCCUCGUACUCUGUCACCAAGACAGGCACGUCUGCCAUCAAGAACGCGCCCCUCAUCGGCCUUGCGGAGGGCAAUGGCUCGUUCAGCAACAUCCACCUCGCCGCCCUCGUCCUUGGUGUGCCCUGGAUCGUCAAGCGCAUUCUACCCAUCAUCAACCGUGGCGGCUUCAAGACGUAUCUCUUCCUCGUCCUUGUGCUCGGCAUUCCUGUCACCUUCGCGUACUGGACCCUCAUGAGCAUGUACGGCCCGAGGAAGAACACAAAAAUCGAGCUCCCUGGCCGGAGCAUCGAAGAGUACAUCACCAUCAAGGACCCGGAACUCAAGGCAAAGUAUCAUGGCAAGGAGAGAAUUCCUAUGCAGGUCUUCCACGACGCGUAUUUUGACGACAAGAUUGAUUUCAACGGCGACGUUCUCGAUAUAAUGGAACAACGACACGACUGGGCUAAAAUGAUUUUUACCCCCGAGCUCUUCAAAUACGUCCUCUUUAAUCUCAUUCCCGAUGUGAUCUACCACGAGCGCAGUCAGGACGAGGAGCAAGUGCGUGGACACUACGACCGUGGCGACAACUUUUACAGUUGGUUCCUUGGCCCACGUAUGGUUUACACCUCUGGUAUCGUCGGCACUCUCGAUGAAGAAGAGACCCUCGAGCAACUGCAAGAUAACAAGCUGACUGUCGUCUGCGAGAAGCUCGGUCUCAAGCCUGAGGACCGUGUCCUCGACGUCGGCUGCGGCUGGGGUACCUUCUGUGCAUUCGCUGCGAAGAACUACAACUGUGCUUCUGUCACUGGUAUCACACUCGGCCGGAAUCAGACGAAGUUCGGCAACGAGCGCAUUCAGAAGAAUGGCGGUGACUCUACACGCCACAAGAUCUUGUGCCUGGACUACCGCGACAUCCCUGGUGGCAAGGCUGCGUACACGAAGAUUGUUAGUCUCGAGAUGGCCGAGCACGUCGGCAUCCGGCGUUACCAGACGUUCCUUAGGCAGAUGUACGACCUCCUCGCGGACGACGGUGUCUUCGUCCUUCAGGAUCUCAUCUGGGGCUUGUUCAUGAACAAGUACAUCUUCCCUGGUGCCGACGCGUCAUGCUCGCUCGGCUGGGUCGUGAACCAGGUUGAGAAAGCCGGGUUUGAGGUGAAGAACAUCGACGUGCUGGGCGUGCACUACAGCGCGACGAUCUGGCGGUGUAACGGCGGCGCGGCGGUCUUCCAGUUGACGCUGCACAAGAACCUCAACGCGUACCCGCGGAUCCUCGGCCUCCCCACCCACAAUCGAUCCACGUCACUACGAAGCGUGAGAUUUCGUGCGUAG